AUGGCUGAUAUGAUGACCGCGCGGUGUAUACUCAGGGCAGUCUCUUCGCGCGUGUGGGUUGUCCUUGUGUUGGGAUACCUGGCGACGUUCAGUGCGGUUAAGGUCGAAGCUGGCGAGGUUUCGUCCCGAGUGUACCGGCAGUCACGUGGAAUGUCAUGUCAGGUGGAAUGUGGAGCCGUAGCGUGCAAACGAAGGAAGGAAUAUACCGAUGUCUCUGCCGUCAUUCUCGUCCGAGUGCGUGUUGGAGGAGGUCGUGUUUUCGCCGGCGCUCUCUCGCUUCUCCUGCGGCGCUCGGUGCUUGCAAAAAGAGAGAAAUGCCGCCUCCUGACCCUCGCCGUGGCCCCAGGAGGUCCUGUCUCGCCCCAGGGAGGUUCGUCUGAGAUGUGCUUCGUCCCUGUAGACCCUUCAGGAGCCACGGGCGAGGACCUGGCGCGGGGGAGGCCGGUAGAAGCCCCCGGAACUUGGGAUGGGGACUACGCGCCCGCUGAGACUGUGGUAAGCGGGGCCAUCUGCGAGUCAACGGAGUACGACUGCUACUGCUCCGACUUCCAGCUCACGCCCGUCUUUAAGGUGGACCUCGGGGCGUCCAAGGGCGUGGGGCGCGUGGUGGUCAGAGUAUCGACGACUUACCCUGGGAACUUCGACUCCGUCUACAUCUACGUGGGUGACUCUGGCUCCGAGGACGACGCCCUCUUCCACGCGUUCAGCGGCAGCGCGGUGGGCGGCGAAGUCCUCACCCUCAGGGCGCCCAGACCCUCGAGGGCCGGUAUGUCUCGCUCUACAUGA